AUGGAGAAUGUUACGAAGAAGAUAGAUGAGGUAGAAGAGGAAGCACGGGGCAUCGCCAAGGAGCUCAAGGACUUGGAGACGAAGAAGGCUGACAUAAGGAUACAGCUUCUUGACAAGGGGGCGGACCAGAGGUACUGGGAGGAUAUAUUGAGGGAUGUCGAGGAGAAAGAGAAGUACCUGCGAAAGGAGAAGCAGAACCUGCGAAAGAAAGAAGAAGACCUGCGAAAGGAGAAGCAUGACCUGCGAAAGGAGAAGCAAGGUCGGCUAAUGAAGGAAGAGAUUAACCACGGGAUUCAGUGGAUGGAGACACCGUUGGAUGCUAGUGAGCUGGGCUAUGAGGAGAAUCGCAAACUCUUUAGUGUCGAUCGAUCGAUUAUGAACUGGAACCCUGGGACAGCAGGGAAGGUGGUGCUUUACUGCAGGGAUGGCUUCAAUGAGCAGAUGGAUUUCCUCGAGGAGAAAGUUUGCAAGGAAGGAUAUAUGGGUUGGAUCUUGGGUCCUCCAGGGACGGGGAAGACAACGACGACGAUAUGUUUCAUACUAUCAAAAAGCAUUGAGGAAGGGUGGUGUGUGAUGUUCGUGCGGCUGUGGAAGUGGGGGAUCGUCAGUUGUAUACAAGUGGGGGUGCAUGAAAAUGGAGUUGUAUUGAGCAUUUGCCUGCUAUGGCGCAACUUUGACAGGGAGAAUCGGCGACUUGCCGUCACGACAUCGAUGAGCUCUCCAGGAAAGAAGAGCGACGAGCAAGAUAGAAUAGAAAAGGUGAAAGAGAUGAAGGUUUACUCUUGGACGCUGGAGGAGUACCAGGAUGCCGCCAAGUACGACUUGCUGUAUAUGAGUGUGGCUGAGGCUAUGGGAACGAGUCUGGGCAAGAGAAAACAAACGAGAAGGCGUGAGACAGAAGAAGAGAGAAGGGCGAGAGAAGUCGAGUCCAAGUAUCGGGUAGCCGGGGGCUCAUGCCGGCUCAUGUUCGAAUAUACGACAGAGGAAGCGAUCGAAAGCCUUCGUGAUGCGAUGAGCGUUGUGGACGAUUUUCCGAGCCUGAUGGAGUUUUCUACUGGUGAGCAAUCGAAACGGUUUGUGAAUCGACUGCAUGGGAAGCACCGUAUUGGAAAGAAGGAGUACUGGGGGCUUGUCAGCAGGUUUGCUGCCACGGAGCUAGCGGAGAAGCUUGGAGAGUCCUUUGUAAGGAAAAUAGAAGAGCUCACCAACAUGGCUGAGAACCCAGUACUACGGGGAGUGUUGUUCGAGAUGCUGUUCUUUGCUCGGAUAAAGCAAAUGCCAGGACCGCUAAAGCUAACCACCAUCCAAGGAGAAGAUGUUGAGUGGUCAAGUUGCGAAGUGGAGUCUUUUGAUCCAACAGAUGUUUAUGAGGCUGGGGAGAAUAGCAAGGAGCGCGUGUGCCUGAAGCCCGUGGCAUGGAACCAGGGAGGAUAUGAUGCUGUGAUUGUAGACUGGAGCUCCAAGUUAGUACGGUUUGUGCAGGUGACGUCUAGAGAGGCUCAUGACCUGAAGCUGCGGUACUUCUCGGACUGCCUGGAUUCCUUGAGCAUCCAAGGAUGGGAGCAGUGGAAGCUUGAGAUCGUCUUUGUCGUCCCCAAGGACAAUGUUGAGAGGUUCAGGGUAAGCAAGGUGGAGGACGAGGACGCGCUUUCGAGUGGUCGGGCUUGA